CCUCUCAUCUCCUCUUGUCUCCACCUCUCUUCCCACCAUCUCCCUCUCAUCUCCUCUUGUCUCCACCUCUCUUUGCCUUCCCCCGCUAAACACACGCACACAGCGACAUCAAGUCUGCCACAUCUGCAGUGGCCAUGACCACAUGAGCUCCCGUUGUCCGUCGUUGUUCUGCACCUACUGCUUUCAGAAGCAACACAGAGGACAGAUGUGUCACGAGAAAUGGAGGCAGUAUCAUAACACCACCUACAGCCCUGAGAACUCGGAUGGAGGGGGCCCUCCUAGGGGGCUGGCAGUUAUUGAGCCGAGGCGACAGAGGCAGAGCAGACAGAUUUUCUGCUUUAACUGUGCACGAAAGGGACACUUUGGCCACCUCGAAUUUUGCUCUCACAUCUUCUCAGUGCCUUACAUUAAUCAAUUAAACACAGUUAUUGGAGUGUCCAAAGGGGCGCCCAAGGGAAGACCCCUCUCGCUGACUCCCUACAUCGCAGUCUACGACGAAAUCAACCAACUGAGCCGAAAGAGGAAAAGAGGCGGGAGACGACAGUCUGACUCGCGCGGGGGGCAGGGCCUUCUCGGGCCGGCCCCUCCCACAACACCAGUCAUGAACAAGAACAGCAGUAGGAGAAGUGGUCUGAUACAGACUGACAAAGAUCAAACAGCAGUACGCAACGCCACAGAAGGCAAACAGACGAGAGAGCGACUCGUUUGUCCACGAACGACAUGUGACGAGUCACGGCUUUGGCAAAUCCGGACCUUCAAGUUUGCUACAUUCUCGCUCCCCCACCCUCCCCCUCCUCCUCCUCCUCAAUUCUUCACGCCACCUAAUAGCUCCCACUUCAACGAAGGCGACUGUUCUAUCACUUUCAUCCAGCCCCCGCCUGGAAUGUCGCUCUCUGAACCACAACGGCGGAGGAAUUUCUACCACGAACAGAGACUUUCCGUUGAGCCCAGACCUCCAAAUGUCCAUUACGCGGAACAAGAUUUCCCGCGGACCCCAUUCUCUCCACCGCAGACAACACUGCUGCCGAGGAACCCACGAAACCACACCCACCACGAAGACUUCCUGGGGCCCCCGCCAGCAAAGUUGACACGUAGAGAAAGUGAACCUUUUGACCAGCGCUGGUUUAGGAGCAAUACGCACGACCCUCAGUUUCACGAGCAGCCGGCCCUACCCAGCGAUGGAUACUACCACGAGAGAAGUCCUCGUCACGUGUCUUCGCCACUGGCAUCAUUCGAGCACAGGCACAGACUCAGCGGGUCUGAAAGAGGUUUUAGGGGCAGCGAACUUGCCGUGUCGCUCAUGGACACACGCCACAGACGAAAUAGCUAUCACGGCGGCAGAACAUCACACUACGGUCAUCAGUAG